GAGUGAGGGUGGCAAAUGAGUUGGGCGCUGGGAGCGGAAGAGGAGCUAAAUUCGCUGCAAUCGUAUCAGUGGUACAUUCGACUAUCAUUGGAUUGAUCUUUUGGGGGCUAAUCCUAAUCUUUGACGACAAGUUGGCCCUAAUUUUUUCAUCGAGCAAACCUGUCCUAGAAGCUGUCAGCCACCUCUCAAUUCUCUUAGCUUUCACUAUUCUGCUCAAUAGCAUUCAACCAAUUCUAUCAGGGGUUGCGGUUGGAUCUGGAUGGCAGGCAUAUGUAGCUUACAUAAACCUUGGGUGCUACUAUUUACUCGGACUACCUCUUGGCAUUAUAAUGGGAUGGGUGUUUCACCAAGGCGUCAUGGGCAUAUGGGCUGGAAUGAUCUUUGGUGGAACUGCAGUGCAAACUCUAAUAUUGUGUAUAAUCACACUUCGAUGUGAUUGGGAAAACGAGGCUAAGAAAGCAAAUCAACACAUUCAAAAGUGGGAAGAAGUGGGUCACAACAAAUUGUAAAAGUUCGGUGCAUGGAAUUACCGUUGUCACAUGAUAUUACAAUGAAAGUCUGCCUAAAUUUGGGGUGGGGCAACCCAACCCAACCAACUCAAAAAAUCAUUAUUGGUCCGAUUUUCUUACGGUCCAGAUAAGUUACGGGCCUAAAAAUAAAAUAUUCAAUUCGGAUCAAAGAAAACCACAACUAUUACCCAUAAUAAAUAUUAUGAUCUUCUCUCACUAUCAUUCCAUGAAAAAUAUGAUCGUUU